UAUGCUGGGGAUUAACUGAGCUUGCUUAGAGGCUCUAUUAGCUCCUGAGACAUGGAAUUGUUUCUUUUUUCCCCCAGGGGCAACAAUGAUACAUUGCCAUUGGUUUGUUGUUAUUGUUGUUGGGUUUUUGGGUUUUUGUUUUUCUUGUUUUGUCUUUUGUCUCUGAGACGGGGUCUCACUAUGCAGUUCAGGCUGAUCUCCAGCUCACUUUGUAUCUAUCCCAGGUUGGUCUUGAACUUGCAGUGAUCCUCUUGCCUCAGCCUCACAAGUCCUGGGAUUACAGGUGUGCAUCACUCCCAGCUAUCCCUUUUUUAGUAACAAGAAAAUUUCCCUAUCUGCGGCCAUGACUUUGAGUCACAUUAGCUUUGCCAAGCACACAAAUAAUCCAAGUAGGAAAAUUUGAAAAGUCUUUAAAAUAAUUAGUGUGAUGGUAGUGGAAGAGCUGUGGACCAUGAGGGGUAAGACCUGGUUCUUGCUAGUCAGGGCCUUUCUAAAAUUUCAUUUAUACCUCCUGGUAACACUUGAUUUUCUUCUCAAGUCCCCAAGGACAGUAAUUUUAAAAUGGACUUAAGAAAAAAAUAGGCAGUAGUAGUUCCUGGAGUUGGAAAAUACUACCCUUUCUUGUGUUUAGUGAGUCAUAAUGAAUCUGACAGGACACUUGGCCCUUGUGUAGUUCAGUGGUUGAACCCUUGCCUGAUGUGCAGGGACUCCUUCUUUUUGUCUGUCUGUUGCUCUCUCACUGUCUGAACUUGUAGUUCAGGCUGGCCUUGAAUUUAUUUUGUAGCCCAGGCUGGCCUCAGACUCGCAGGGAUCCGCCUGUCCUAACUUCCCCAAGUGCUGGGGUUACAGGCGUGUACCACUAUACCUGGCUCCAGGUUUCAUUUUCCAUCCUAGACACCAAAAAAUUUGAAAAAGAUACUAAGCCUCAGAGAUGUAAAGAUGAAUGAAUGAGGUUCAGAGGCCUGACGCUCUGACAUAGCAGUAGUCAUUGUGACUGUGGACGUUCUUUGGGAAGGUUGCUGUCUUAGGUUCCUCGUUGCUGAGACAGAAUCACCAACACCCAAAGUUAAAGGAGGAAGGGUUUAUUUAGCUCACAGUCUGUAGAGGUUUCAGCCCAUAAUCUGCUGGCUCCAAAGCAGGGUGGCAUGGCCAAGGGGCAUCCCAGAGGAGAAGCAGUUCAUGGUGGGCAAAGGCAGGAGCACAGCUUCCCGUCCCUGACAGCUUUCCCAGGCUACUUAGGCUGGGCAGUGCUCACACCUAACCGCAGGGCCCUGGCAUCGUGCCAUGCAUCAAUCCCAGCAUCACACACUCCAGAUGCAGCCACCACUGAGCACCAUGACCACACAAGGCCUUGGGGGACAGCUAGAUGCAAGCCAGAACAGUUACUAAAUUCAGAACUGAGCAGUGCACCACAGACUCCCUGUACUUGAUCCUAGGGCUCAUACAAAGGCACAGAAGAUUGUUAAGAAAUUGUUCUUUCAUUUCAACCACCACCUGUGGUCAUCAGGUAUCAGAAAUAUAAUGGUGGGCCAGGGAUAUAGCUUAGCAGCAAAGCACCUUCCUGGCAUGCAUGAGGUGAUCAGUUUGAUUCCCAGUACCACAAAGAAAAAAAUUCUUUUAUUAAAAACAGUAUGAACUCAAACUAAACUCCAAAUCUGAGUUGGUGAAAUAUGUUACAGAUGUAAUCGGGUUUCCUUUGAGUAGCUUAACAUUAUGUAAGCACUUGUCAGGAAGUUUAUGUCCAUGUGUUUUGCUGGGAUCUGGGAUAGGAAAGUCCAGGGCACUGGGCUUCUAGUUUACUUGGCAAUGAACUGUAACAGUGGCACUCAGCCAGAUGAGUUGUUUUGGGAUAAAGUGAAUCCAACACGGAGGUCUGUCCCCUGGUGGCUGAUUGGAGCUACCUGCAUCCUGGGUCAUCUUUUCCAAGUCCUCGGUCUUGACUAAGCGUGCUAUGGGGAUGUUGAGGGGCCACAGCCCUGGGCCUGCUUCCCUCGGAUGUGUGGCUCUGCCUUAAGAGUCCCACUACCAUCCCACGGGCUGAUGUGCUCCUAACGCAAAUGCCCCACACCACCUUUGGGACCGUUUUCUGAAUAGAAGUUCGCGACACUUUGAGGGGUGUGGUCAGGCUUCCCGAGACCCUACGGCUGUCUGGGAGGCCCUCACCAGCGGUGGCCUUUGUUCUGCUUCCGGAGGUUCUCGGUUCUCUGUGGAGCCCCGUUCUUCCGCAGAAUCCUCUGGUGCCGAAGCCCGACCAAAACAUUCUGUGGUGUGAAUUGGCACCGGGGGUGGAGACCCUCGAGGAGGCCCCGCUGGACUCCGCCGGGCGCAGGGGCGCUCAUUGCAGGAGGCCAGGGUCCGAGGCGCAAGGCCGAGUCCUGUGACUGUUGCCCCGCGAGGCUGGGUGCCAGGCAGGGGCUCGCAGGGACCUCACAGGGUCCUCCAAAGGCCCCGGAGGCAGGAGGAGGAGUGAGGGGCGCUGGUGGUCUGGGUGCCUGGGGUUGUGCUCCUCUCAACACAUCGAGAUGCCUCCUGCCUCGUCGGCCAACAAGGUCUCCCUCAGGGAGCUCGCCGACCUGGCCAUCGGCACACCGGAGGUGGGCGCCGUCAACUUCACGGCCCUGCACACUCUCCUAGUAGCCAUCCUCAAGAACCUCAACCUCCAAGAGACAGUCAUCGACAUCCAGUCCCUGUCCCCUGAGGGAGGCCACUCCAUCGAGUCCCUCCGCUCUGCUGAGCCGCUCCGAGCCUCGCGCAGCGCCCUCUUCGGCACGCCACCCCUGCACCCCAGCAAAGAGAAGCGCAAGAUUGGGAGCAGGUCAUCCUCCCUUGUCCUGGAGAACCAGGUGAAGGACCUGGGUGACCAGGUGCAGGACCUCAGCAAGCAGCUCAAGGCUGUGGACAGCCAGUUGCAGGUCAUUGCCACCCACGUGCAGCAAAUCACCCUGCAGACCGUGGAGGCCCCCACAGCCACGCCAGACACAGAGGAGGCUCAGCUAGGAUCCACGAAGGCCCAGAAGAACGAAAUGAAGCCCGUAGACCUGCUCCAGGAAGAUGUGAAAGGUCUGAAAGAAGCCCGCCCAAAAGCGCAGGAGCUGAAACCACAGCAAGAUGUGAAAAGUCUGAAGGAAGCCCAUGCGAAAGCAAAGAAGUUGAAACCGCAGGAGAAGAGUAUCCAGGAAGUUUUGCAGCGCAUGGAAGAGCUUGAGAAGCUAGUUAAAGAGAGAGAUGAUUUCCUGGACUAUAUAAGGCAGAAGCUGAAUAAUAUUCCUGGUGGAGAAGAAGUGACCAUGGUCACCUGGGAGGAGCUGGAGCAAGCCAUUGCCGAUGGCUGGAAGGCCACCCAAGCGGGUUCAGAAACAGCACUAGGACUUUCUAAGCGCAAAGUGCAGUCUUCCUUAACAGUAAGUGACCUCGUUCCAAGUGGGCCCUCCACCAAGCAUGCGAGCACUGGCCACAUUCCAGAUUCCACUGGUGGACCAAGUCAGGCCUUACCGGGACCCAGUGCCUCAGGCCGCCUCUCUGAAGGGGUCCCUAUCAGGGAAUGGAGCAAAGGCUCCUUUGUUCCUGGUAGAGAACAGAACGCAAGGGCCCGUGAUGAAGCUAGCAUGUCAAGACUCUAUCAACCUGCUACACCCCAACUUAGAACAGAGUCAGAUCACCACAGGAGUAGAGAACGGUUUACUCCAGCAUAUCCAAGAAGAGAGAUACCUACCGGCCCCACUCAACAAGACUUAUCCUUGGCCACAGAUCAGUAUCAGUAUAUGCAUCCAGAUCAGCCUGGUGGGGUGCCCAUGAGCCAGGGCCAAGUCUACCUAAGGCUAGAUGAUCAUGAAUUAGGACUACCUAGCAUGGAUCAGCUUGGCUUACAGUACCCUAGCACUGUACCACCUGGCGUGGUACCCAUCAGUGUAACUCAGCUUCAUAUGCUACCACCUCAAAUGGAUGGUCAGGGAUUGGAACCACUUGGCAUGGAUCAGCAUGGAUUUGUAACACUGGGCAUGGAUCAACAAGGACUGGCUCCACCUGGCAGGGACCAGCAAGGAGUACCUUCUGGCAUAGACCAACAUAGAUUGCCUCUAAUGCCGAUAGAUGGACGAGCUUUGGUACCACCUGGUUUGAGUCAAUUCAGUGCAGAUCAACAAGGCUUUGUGCAGCCCAGUUUGGAAGCUUCUGGCUUUAUACAACCUAGCACAGAGCAGCGUGAUUUGAUUCAGCCAGACAGAGAUCAGAGUGCUUUGGAGCAGCCUGGUACAUAUAAGCCUGGCUUGGCCCAACCUGACACAGAUCAGGGUGGCUUGGUGCAACCUGGUGAAUACCUAUCCAGUUUGGUACAACCUGGUAAAGAUCAAGAUAGUUUGGCUCAAUCUGGAAUGGGUCAGCGUGGGUUAAUACAGCCUGGUCCAGUUCAGCAGAGUGUGAUGCAGCCUGGUGUAGAUGAGCUUGAUGUAGCACAGCGUGAUGCGGGUCCACAUGGGUUGAUCCUCCCUGAAAUGGGUCCGUAUGAGCUCAUGCAACCUGGGGCAUUUCCUGGUGCUUGGGUGCAGCCUGGUGCAUAUCCACCUGGUUGGGCACAGCCUGGUGUGGAUUCACAGAGAUUGGUUCAACCUACAGGUCAACAUGGUUUUGUUCAGCCAAGAGCCGACCAACAUGGUUUUGUGCAACCUGGAAUGGACCAGCAUGAUUUGAUACAACCCAGUGCAGAUCAACAAGGUCUGGUGCAACCCAGUGCAGUUCAGCGUGGUUCAGUAUCACCUGGUGCAGUGCAACCCGGCUUGGUGCAACCUGGAAUGGAUCAGCAGGGUUUGGUGCAAGCUGGUGCAGGUCAGCUGGGUUUGGUGCAGCCCAGUGCAGAUCAGCUGGGUUUGAUGCCACCUGGUGCAGAUCAUCUGGGUUUGGUACAGCCUGGUGCAGUUCAGCAUGGCUCAGUAUCACCUGGUGCAGUGCAGCCUGGCUUGGUGCAACCUGGAAUGGAUCAGCAGGGUUCAGUGCAAGCUGGUGCAGGUCAGCUGGGUUUGGCGCAGCCCAGUGCAGAUCAGCUGGGUUUGAUGCCACCUGGUGCAGGUCAUCUGGGUUUGGUGCAGCCCGGUGCAGUUCAGCAUGGCUUGGUACCACCUGGUACAGUGCAGCCUGGCUUGGUGCCACCUGGAAUGGAUCAGCAGGGUUCAGUGCAAGCUGGUGUACAGCAACGUGGUUUAAUGCAACCUGGUGCUGAUCAGCAUGAUUUGGUGCCACCUAGUGAAGUUCAGCGUGGCUUGGUGCAACCGGGCAUGGGUCAGCGUGGUUUGAUGCCGCCUGGUGCAGGUCAGCUGGGUUUGGUGCAGUCUGGUGCAGAUCAGCGUGGUUUGGUGCAGCCCAGUGCAGGUCAGCUGGGUUUCAUGCCACCUGGUGCAGGUCAGUUGGGUUUGAUGCCACCCGGUGCAGUUCAGCGCGGCCUGAUGCAGCCCAGUGCAGUUCAGCGUGGUUUGGUGCAGCCUGGUGCAGGUCACCUGGGUUUCAUGCAGCCUGGUGUGGGUCAGCUGGGUUUGAUGCAACCUGGUGCAGUGCAGCGUGGUUUGGUGCAGCCUGGUAUAGGUCAAUUUGGCAUGGUACAACCUGGAAUGGAUCAGCAUGGUUUGACACAACUUGCUACAGAUCAACAUGGUCUGGUGCAACCUGGCGCAGAUCAGGAUGCUUUGAUGCAACCUGACACAGAUCAGGGUGCUUUGGCGCAACCCAGCAUGGAUCAGGGUGCUUUAGUACAACCUGGCACAGAGCAACGUGGUUUGGUGCAGCCUGGAAUGGAUCAGCGUGGUUUGGUCCAACCUGGUAUUGACUGGCCUGGUUUGGCACAAUCUGGUGCAGCUCAGUUUGGGAUGGUGCCACCUGGAAUUGGUCAGCAUGUUUUGUUACAGCCUGGAGCAGAUCCUCAUGGCUUGGUUCAACCUGGUACUUAUAUGACUCGACCUGGCACAUAUCCUCCUGAUUUGGUCCAAUCUGGUGUAUAUCCACGUGGUUUGGUGCCACCUGGUGCCUAUCAGCCUGGUUUGGUUCAACCUGGUGCAUACCCACGUGGUUUGGUGCAACCUGGAAUGGAUCAACGUGGUUUGACAGCACCAGGCGCAGGGUUGCAUAGCUUCCCAACAUUCCUGGCCGAUUCUAGGAGCCUGAGCUCACUUUACCCAUAUCAGCACCAUGUGAUACCUCCCAGCCAAGAACAGUAUGGUCGCAGGUCACCACUCCUACCCAGUCAAGGCUUGUCAUCACCACGUACAGACACACAGAGUUUGGUGCCACCGGAAGCCCAUCAGCAAGGUUUGAGGCCUCCUGGCAGGGACCGGCAGAGCCCAGCACCACUAGGUACAGAUACAGGAUCUGUACAUGUUGGCCGAGGUCAGCAAGGCCCUUUGUACCCAGGUACAGUUCAGCCUGGUCAUGCAUAUCCUGUUGGGGAGCAGCAGGGUCCAGCGUACCCGGGUGAUGGUCGCCCAGGCUACAUGGGUGUUGAUCCACGUGGCCAAGUAUUUUUGGAUCCAAACAGAAUUCCUGCCUUUCCUGCUCAGACUGGCCCAGGCCAAGAUGCCACCCCUUUCAGGAGUCGAGACUCUCUUACCUUUGUCCACCAAGUCUCAUCUGAAGCAAGUGAACUCAGGAGUGGAGCCCGGAGUGAGUCAGUGGAGAAACUGGCUCCUAACUUCCCCGUGGCUAUGGAAACGUUUCGUCUGAUGGGAGAAAUCAUCAGCCUCUAUGUAGAACUAAAGGAAAGGAUGAGGGAGCUGGAUGAGGAAAAACCUGGCCAAACGGACUUGGAGAAGAUACAGUACCUGUUCAUGCUGUUGGUCAAGAAGACCUUACCUCCUGACCUGGAAGAGCAGCUGAAGACCUUAAAGACCCUGACCAAAGAUGUUCGCCAGGAUAAAGCUAAACUGGAUAAGAUACAAAAGCUCCUGGAGUGCGAAGGUGACCAGGUCAUGGGGAAGGAGCUGAAGACUGGUCAAAUGGGCCUGCAGCUGGGCCUCCUCAGAGUCACAGUGGCUGACAUCGAGAAGGAGCUGGCUGAGCUGAGGAACAGCCAGGAGCAGGGCAAGACCGCAAUGGAGAAUUCAGUGGUGGAAGCCUCCCUGUACCUACAGGAUCAGUUAGACAAGCUCAGGACCAUCAUCGAGAACAUGCUGACCUCCUCCUCCACUCUGCUGGCCCUCAGCAUGACCCCACAGAAGUCCUUGAGCAUGCUGGCACCUGGCCAGAUUCACCCUGAGGCCACCUGCCCCGCCUGCAGCUUGGACCUGAGCCACCAGGUCAGCACACUGGUGCAGCGCUACGAGCAGCUGCAGGAAAUGGUCAACAACCUGGCUGCCUCCCGGCCCUCUAAGAAGGCCAAGCUUCAGGGUCAGGACGAGGAGCUGCUAGGCCACGUGCAGAGUGCCAUCCUGCAGGUGCAGGGCGACUGCGAAAAGCUCAACGUCACCACCAGCAACCUGAUCGAGGACCAUCGGCAGAAGCAGAAAGACAUCGAUGUGCUGUACCAGGGCCUGGAAAAACUUGAGAAGGAAAAGGCCAACAGGGAGCACCUGCAGAUGGAGAUCGACGUGAAAGCCGACAAGAGCGCCCUGGCAUCCAAAGUGAGCCGGGUCCAGUUUGAUGCUACCACGGAGCAGCUGAACCACAUGAUGCAGGAGCUCAUGGCCAAGAUGAGUGGGCAGGAGCAGGACUGGCAAAAGCUGCUGGACAAGCUCCUGGCAGCAAUGGACAUGAAGCUGGACCGCAUGGAGCUGGACCCCGUGAAACAGGCGCUAGAGGAUCGGUGGAAGUCACUUCGGGAACAGCUCAAGGAGCGCUCUCCCCUUUACCAGGCAGAUGAGGCAGCUGCCAUGCGGAGGCAACUCUUGGCUCACUUCCACUGCCUCUCCUGUGACCGUGCUUUGGAGAUUCCUGUGACUGGACAAAGCAUCCCUGUGACUCCUGUGGGUCAGGCCCUGCCUGGGCACCGUUCUAUCCGCCCCUACACAGUAUUUGAGCUGGAGCAGGUCCGCCAGCAGAGCCGCAACCUCAAGGUGGGCGGCACCUUCCCCCGGGGCGACCAGUCGGUGAUGGAGCGGAGUGUGGGCCGCCUGCGCAGCAUGCACUCCAAGAUGCUGCUGGACAUUGAAAAGGUGCAGAUCCACUUCGGGGGCUCGGUGAAGGCCAGCAGCCAGAUGAUCCACGAGCUGCUGCAUGCCCACUGCCUCGGCUCUCCCUGCUAUAGGCGGGUGCCUGACUCUGUGGGUUACACCUACUCAACCAUGGCCCGGCACUGCGGGGGCAGCCACACUCUCACCUACCCCUAUCGCCGCAACCGCCCACAGCACCUGCCCCAGGGCUUGUGUGCCCCCGAAGAGAUCCAGAUCGCCAUGAAGCAUGACGAGGUGGAUAUCCUGGGCCUGGAUGGACAUAUUUACAAGGGACGGAUGGAUACAAGGCUGCCAGGCAUCCUGGUCAAAGACAGGAUAACAAAAUACAAGCCCAAGCAGUCUCAGCCCCACCGGCACAGGCAGCAGUCCCUGAAGGACGCCAGCCAGCUGCCCUCUCGGCCUCAGAGCGCUCGGACGUCAGCUGGCAACAACUCAGUUUCUUCAAGGGAACACAAAGACAGACCUGUCUCUUCGGAGGGCCGUCUAGCGCAGUCUGACAUGGUCCACCCACCCUGCCCUGAGGACGAUGUGCAGGGGGGUAGCCCCUUGGGGCUGGAGAUGAAAUUGGCUAAGUCUCCUGAGGAGGGCCUGGAGGAGCCCACCAGGGGGCCAAGGUCCGGCCCAGCUAAUGAACAGAGCUAUAAAUAAAGUCUGGGAAGGAAGGUA